GACAUAUUGUUGAAAGUAAUUACUCAUUUAACAUUCUUUUUGUACUUGUUCUCACAUUCAUAUAAGUAGGAGGCAGUUUGUGUACUUAACAACAGGAAAUCAUGAAUGACCUUGCUCAAAGUCUGAAGAGCACCUUGCUGCAGCAAACGAGGGCCAUAUUGGCUGAUUCAAACACUGCCCGUCUCAGAUCAGAUUUCACUCCGGCUGCGCACUGCGAAACUCAGAGACUGAAAUAGCUUCAUCAUGCUGACCUAUAACAACAUGUAUUUAAAGGUACAGUUGAAAAAGACAGCAGUAAAUGUCAUAUAGCCCAAAACAUGAACAGCAGUAGCAGAGCUUGAGCUAGAAAUUCAGUGUCUGCUGAAAGAAAAACCCUUGAACUACCAGCAUGCAUCACCCCACAUCUUUCCUUUUUAGUUUCCUGAACUUCUGUCUGUCUGCAUCAGCUGACAGUCACUGUUUGCUUUAAGAACAUCAGGAUAUUUCAGUCAUGGCAAUGAGUCUUCGUCCACGAAGUUGUGGGAGCCUGAGUCCUGAGGGGAUUCUGAGAGAGAUCCAGAUCAAUUUGCUGGAGUGUAAAGUCUGCUUCGAGAAGUUCUGCACUCAGCAGAGGGAGCGCAGACCACAGAACCUUUCCUGUGGCCAUGUACUCUGUCUGGAAUGCAUCACAGCUCUGUCCCACCCUCUCCUGAGGAAGCUGGAGUGCCCGUUCUGUCGACAGCUGUGCAGCGUUGACAGCACCUCCCACUGCCAGGUUCUUAGUGACCUCCAGGAGCUGCUGUUGUCCCGGAGUCCCACAUCCUCUGCUCCUCCUCACAGGGGGGCAAAAGGAGGCUUUAGUUUGGCUGCAGGUCUGAUAUCCACAGCUCUGCACCUCAACACAGCUUUUGGCGGUUGGGGGAGUCUGAUCAACCCCACUGGGAUAGCUGUUUUAGGGUCCUCAGGGGCAAUAGUGGUGGUGCAUGAUGGAGAGAAGAGCGUGGUGGUGUUCAGUCCACAGGGCAGGAAGCUGCACAGUUUUGGGCGAAGAGGAAAAGCCAGUAGAGAGAUCUGUUACCCAGUGGAUGUGGUGGUGACUCCCUGUGGAUACGUGGUGGUGACUGAUGCAGGGGAUAAAGCUGUGAAGGUUUUCACCUCCAGAGGGAACCACGUGUUGACGGUCAAGGAUUCCUUCCAGAUGCCCUGGGGUGUGGACACAAACAGCUGUGGGCACCUCCUCGUCUCAGACGUCCAGGCUGGCACACUGUUUCAUAUAAAGGUGGACUAUAGUCAUGGUGUUACUCUGGAGCAUCAUAUAUCCAUUUCUGACCUCCAGCAACCAAAAGCAGUGGCCUGCUGUCGAGUGACCGGGAACACUGCAGUGAUGGAGCACUUAACUGCUGACACACAUCCACCAGAGAGGCAGCACCACACAAGGCUGAAAGUGUUUACCAAAGACUUCCACAUCCUUUAUCAGACAGACAGUUUCAGCCUGAGCCUGCAGUCCACAGUGAGGCUGAACAUGUCCGGUGUGGCAUUUGACAGAAAUGGAGAUGUGGUUGUGACAGACUCUAAACAGGGGAUGAUUUGGAUUUUAGGGAAAUUCCAGGAUGGCCCGGUCCUGACUCCUCUUGUCGGGGACCACCUUAUCCGCCCAGUUGGACUGGUGUCACUGAACAACAUGCUCAUCAUUCUUGACAGUGGAGAACAUGCAGUAAAGAUUUAUUCUGCUAAAUCUGGUACAGCACCCAUGAUAUAGCUCAUGUACGAACAGGCCUGGAGUAGCCUAUGUCUAAUGUAGCUUAUCAUAUUUUAACGUGACGAGGUGACCUGGCAAUAGUAUUUAUAAAUAUAAGUAACGUUUUACAUUGAAAAAGAAAAAUGUGAAUAUAAAGAGUGCUAUUGCCUACUGUAUACUUUGUAGUAUUGGUUGUGCAAACAUGUCAAACUAUUAUUUCUGUCUUGUUAUUAUUGUCCCAGCUUUUGAAAAUGAAUUACAUUACUUAUGAAUACAUAACACAGUACAUUAGUUUCCCAACUAGUUGUCCCAAGAAUAAUCUGAAGGUUCACAAAAUGAUUAAAGGCAUGAGAAAACAAGACAUAUUUCUUUCAUAAAACUAUGUUUAUUUUUCUUCAUUUCUCGUUUUCUUUUAAAAUACUGGAUACUUUCAACAUUCUGGGCCAGAAAAAAACCCUUCAAAUCAAACAGUCUAAGGAAAACAAAAUAUCACUCUUGGUUGAAAUGCUCGCAAUUCAUGUUCAGAAGGCCAUAGAGCUGUGAUGAGGGGUUGAACAAGAAAAGAAAUUCAUUCAUUUUA